AACCUUCCAAGAAUUUUCCAAAACACAGAGAAAAAUAACUAUUACUUGAAAGCCUGGCACUGAAUACAGAGAUAGUUCAGAAAACCUCACCCUGAGUUUUGUUGACUAUGGCAGUUGCUUCUUCUUCUUCUUCUUUUGUCCCAAGUUCAUACAAGUAUGAUGUCUUCAUCAGUUUCAGAGGUGAGGACACUCGCAAAAAUUUCACUAGUCAUCUUUCUUCCGCGUUAUGCCGGAAUGCCAUCGAGGUCUACAUUGACGACAGACUUGAGAGAGGAGGUGAAAUUUCAUCUGCGCUCUUGACGGCGAUUGAGGAAUCACAACUUUCGCUUGUCGUCUUCUCAAAGGAUUACGCUUCUUCAAGAUGGUGUUUAGAUGAAUUGGUGCACAUACUCAAAUGCAAGAGGGAGAGAGGUCAGAUUGUUUUACCUGUCUUUUAUCAUGUCGAUCCGUCAGAUAUAAGACACCAAAGGGGAAGUUAUGGCGCUGCUUUUGCUGCACAUCAAAAGCGUUUUAAGAAUCACAGAAUCAAAGUGGAAGAGUGGAGGAAUGCUUUGAGAGGAGCAACUGCUUUAUCUGGCUUUCAUUUGCAAGAUGAGUCCGAAUCCGAAUUUGUUGAGAAGAUUGUCAAAAACGUCAUAGAGAAAUUGGAAAAUGUCUCGUCAAGUGCUACUGCAGAUGAUUUUCAGGGGCAGCUAGUUGGAAUAAGUAAACGUCUUGAGAAAAUGGAAUCGUUACUUUGUAUUGGCUCCCCAAACGUUCGAGUUAUAGGCAUUUGGGGCAUGGGCGGUAUAGGUAAAACAACUCUAGCUGAAGCCUUGUACAAGCGAGUCUCUCCCAAAUUCGAUACUUGUUUUUUCACAAAUGUGAAGGAAGAGGUGCUCAAACAUGGUCUGAAUGGUCUAAAGGAAAGGCUUUUUUGCAAAUUAUUAAAGUGUGAACGUGUAAAUAUGGAAAGUUCCUUCAAAGAUGUUCAGCUCUGGCGUAAAAGGGUGCUUGUUGUUCUCGACAAUGUUGACCAGCUUGAACAACUAGAAUGUUUAUUUGGAGAACAUCAUGAUGUUUCACAAGAAGGAAAUGGUCGGUUUGGUCUUGGAAGUAGAAUAAUUGUGACAAGUAGAGACAAGAAAUUGCUUACAAGUAGAGCUGAUGAGAUAUAUGAAGUUGACGCAUUAGAUUCUAUUGAAGCUCGUAGACUCUUUUAUCUCAAAGCCUUUAGAAGAGUGUCUGCCAUAAGUACAGAUUAUACAGAUCUAGCUGAGAGAGUACUAGAUUAUGCUAAAGGCAAUCCAUUGGCUCUUAAAGUUUUGGGUUCUCACCUUCAUUCUAGGAGCAUAUCCGAGUGGAAAAGCGCAACGGGCAAACUGAAAAAGGCUCCCAAUGAAACAAUUCAAGGAGUGUUGAAAUUGAGUUAUGAUGCUCUAGAUCGUAUUGAGAAGUCUAUAUUCCUCGAUAUUGCAUGUCUUUUAAAAGGGGAGAAAAGAAAUUUUAUAGAGGGAAUAUUAGAUGAAGAGUCUCACAUAGGGAUUAAUGUUCUCAUUGAAAAGUCACUCAUAACAAGUGGAGAUUUUGAGAUAAUUGGGAUGCAUGAUUUGGUACAAGAGAUGGGAUGGGAAAUUGUUCGUCAAGAAUCUCUUAAUGAGCUCGCCGAACGUAGUCGGUUGUGGAUCGCUCAGGAUGUGGUUCAUGUCUUGGAAAAUAAGAAAGGUACCAAAAGUGUUAUUGGAAUAUCCUUAGACUUGUCUAAGAUUGAUGAAGAUCUAUGGUUGGAACCCACAGUUUUUGAAACAAUGCCUAAUUUGAGAUUGCUCAAAAUUUACAAUUCUGGUCACAACAAUUGCCUUCAAAAUUUAGAGCAGAAUCUCUUGUUGAACUUGAAACGCCUAAUUGGCAAAAAGUGCAGAUUAAUUUACCUUCACAAAGAUCUUCGUUAUCUUCCUAAUUCAAUUAGAUAUCUCAGCUGGAUUGAGUACCCGUCGAAAACUUUGCCAAUAAAAUUUAGACCAGAAUCUCUUGUUGAACUUGAAAUGCCCUAUAGCCAGCUUACGCAAUUGUGGGAUGGACUUCAGCCUCUUGGAAAUCUUAAGCAUAUUGAUUUCAGUUUUUCUAAGCAACUAGCUAAGUUCCCAGAUCUUUCUCAUGCAUCAAGACUUGAGAGUAUGUGUCUAAUCGGUUGUACAAGUUUGGUUGAAAUUCCACCACUAAAUUUUCAAGUUUUUGACGAUCUUAAAUCUAUGGAUCAAAUCUCCCUUGAUAUGUCCUGUGAUAAAAGAGCUUUUGGAUCUCUUGAUCUCUCUUUCUGCACUAAUUUGACAUCUCUUCCGGAGAUAUCUGGGAAUCUCAAAAUUUUGCACCUAAUUGAGACCGAAAUAAAAGAAUUACCCUCAUCAAUUAGGUCCCUUAAAAAUCUUGAUUAUUUGAAUCUUGUUGGCUGUGAAAACCUUGAAAUUUUCCCAGAGCUUCCAAGGAAUAUACAGAUAUUGGAUUUAUCCGGCACGGCAAUACGAGAAAUGCCCACUACAUCAAUUGAGCGUCUCCAUGAUGUCAAGAUCAUUUUGAUGUCUGGUUGCAAAAGGCUUGUGAGUUUACCAUCCAAUCUUUGUAAGUGUAAGGCUCUAACAGAACUUUACCUUAAUGGUUGCUCAAACUUGAAAAACUUCCCAGAAAUCUUUGAGCCUAUGGAAAAUUUGAAUUAUCUUAGUCUAGAGGAAACAGGGAUCCAAGAAUUAUCCUCAUCAUUUGCAAAUAUAAUUGGGCUUAGUGGGCUAUCGAUAGGCUGGUGCAAAAAUCUCAAGACCAUCCCAAAAUGCCUCAAUACAUUAAGCUGUCUUGACGAUCUCUUCCUCGGAGGCUGUUGGAAACUUGAAAUUUUCCCGGACAUGUUACUUGGUUUGCGCUCUUUAAAAGAAGUUAAUUUGAGGUACUGCAACAUAUCUGAAAUUCCUCACUGGAUCGGCUCCUUAUCCUCAUUGACUAGCCUUGAUCUGACAGGAAACAUGUUUGCUAGUAUACCUUCGAGCAUAAAACAACUUCCUAAGCUAUAUUACCUUGCUAUAAGUCAUUGCCGGAAUCUUCGAUCUUUACCGGAACUUCCAUCGUCUAUAGAACAACUUAAUGCAGAUGGAUGCCUAUCAAUGGAGACGUUCUUAAUUUCAAGGCCUACACACACUUGGGUCCUUUAUCCUCUUAAUGGUGUAUCCUUUAUGUUUUGUGAGUGCUUGAAAUUGGACCAAAGUUCAUGUGACAUCAUGACGGUGAAUUUCUUAUGUAGAGUUAUUUGCAACGCAAUGAUUCUCAGACUAACAGAUGAGCAUAUGGACAAAACUCAACGUAUAAUUGAAGUUUGCUAUCCGGGAAAUAGAAUUCCAAAGUGGAUGAGGUACCAAUCCGAGGGGUCUUCAAAAUUAACUAUCAAGCUACCACCAAAUUGGGAUAGAGCCAACUUCUCUGGUUUUGUUGCGUGCACUGUUCUCUCAUUUGAGGAGCUCUAUUGGAAUCGGAUAGGCAAAGUGGCUAUUUUUUGUAAAGUACAUCUUAAAACGAAACAGGGCCAAUGCCACUACUGGAAUACUUCUUGUCAUCUGAACACAUCUGUUGUUGAUGAGGACAGUGAAGGAAUUAAAGGAGGAAUUCUUAGAUCGGAUCACGUGAUCAUGUGGCAUGCUUACUGUAAAGACUCCCUUAAGGGCUAUGAUGGUGAGUUUGAUGCAGCAGAGAUGUCGUUUGACUUCGGCUGUAUUGACUAUACUGCGAAUUCUUAUUCCACAGAAAAACACGAAUGUUCGCUUCAAUACAAGGUGAAAAGGUGCGGGAUCCACAUGUUACAUGCUGAAACAGUACAGGCCAUGAACAAGGUAUUCACGAAUAUGAGCAUCAAACAGUGCAAGAAAUAUAUGUUUGAAGCAAAGGAACUUGGUAUCAACAGCCUCCAACAUUUGCAAUCUCUCCAGGAUUCAGGGGACAUUGAGGCACUGGAACAGGGCUUUAAGUUGAAGGCCAUGGAAGCUCGCUCGGAAGAUCUACUAACUCUGUAUAAUGUCUUCAGCAUGGAAGCAUCCUUAUAUGAUAUUGGAUCACCCGCAUCUGCACCAUUGAUGUCAGACGACACAAUUGAAAGCCCAUCCCAAGACACCAAUAUUGUAUUACCUUUGUCGCCUUAUUCGGAAUCAUGUCCGCCUGAAGCUGAUGCACAUGAUCAGGUCAACAAUCAGUCUUGCUUGGAAACUGUCCCCAGGUUCUAUGAUUUUUUUGGCACGGAAGUGCCGCUUCAUGAUAAAAGGAGCUCCACGAGCCCAUCCCGGGACUCUUCAACGACUCAUGAGGAAGCGGUUUGCCUAAACUUUGAUACUGAAGAUUCAUGUUAUGAGAGGAUUAAUUGUUUUGAUUUUUGCUGCUGGUCAAACUUUUUCUCCAAGAUUUUAGAAUGGUUCCAAGCAAACAGGGGAAAUUGAAAUCUCAUUUGUGGAAAUUUCAGCAUUUUCAAGAAAUAAUAUUCUAUGGCGAGGAUUUCUGUGGCUUUUGAAGAGUGUGUUUUCUUUUGAGCCCGUAAUUAGCUAGAUAUCAUGAACUCUAGUAGAGUUGUUUAUAUAUUGAAUAGGUUCUUCUUCUUAUUUAUAUAUUGAAUGGGGACAUAAUUAUAAGUUUUAAUUAUUGA